GCUCAGUGUACGCUGGUUGAGCUUUGAAGGAUCUGCUUACACUGUUAUUAAACAGUUAGCUGCAUAUAACGGCUUUGCCUCGGCCCAACCAAGAGCCGGCAACGGAAGAAUAAAGUGGUCAAAACGGGUCGUGAAUUCGCGUGUCGGACCGGCACCUAGCUAAGGCUGGAGCUAGCCUAGUGCAGUUUACUACGGUUCUUCAUUGAAAGAAAUGGAAGUUAAACUCGCCGUAGCUGUCGAAACACACAGAAAGGUCUGAUAGAUCGUGACUGUAGCUAUUUAAGGAAUUACCAGGACCGGUUCUUUAAUUCGGCAGCGUUCUUUUUGAAAAUGGCUCACGUUGAAAUGGACAAGAAUGAGGACCAGGUCCAAACAAACAGCAGUAAAACACUGCUCAUCCGCCACUUACCAGCCGAGCUCAGCAAGGACGAGAAGGAGGACCUCCUGAAGUACUUUGGGGCUGAGGCGGUCAGGGUCUUUUCAAACACGGGUCGUCUGAAACAUACAGCCUUUGCAACCUUUAAAAGUGAGAAGUCAGCAGCAAAUGCUCUUGCCAGGCUCCAUCAGUUAGAGAUUCUUGAUCAGGUGCUUGUUGCUGAGUUCGCCAAAGGCCAAGACCAUGUGACAUUAUUAAAGGAUCCACCAGUGUCAGACAGUGGUAAAUGUGAUAAAGAAAAGAAGAAGAAACAGGAGACCCAACAGCCAAAAAUUCCCCUCAUAGAGACCGGCAUUGCACCAAGCCUUGGGUUGAAUUUUCAGUCAAAUCCCACUUUGAAAUAUUUAUACCCACCACCUUCGAAUGGCACUCUGACAAAUAUAACGCAUGCCCUCAUGAGUGUGCCAAAGUUUUAUGUUCAAGUACUUCAUCUGAUGAACAAGAUGAAUUUACCGUGUCCGUUUGGUCCAGUCACUGCCAGACCCCCCAUGUUUGAGCUCCUGCCUCCUGCGCCACCUAUUCCCAUGCCCCCUCCCUUCCCUCCCGACUACCCCCCUUUGCCGGAGGAGGAGAUGGAGCUGUCCAGUGAAGAAGAGUCAGAGUAUGAGAGUGGAGACGACGAAGACAAGGAGAGGAUUGUUCGGCUGAUGGGCCUGGUCAACCAAGCAUGCAAGAGACCCAUGAGACCAAAAACAGCUUCAAAGAGAAAGAAGCCGAGGAUCAAGGAUCUACUCUAUGCUCCCAAACCAGAGUCUCAGAGUGCCCCAGUGCUGCAGCCCAGUGAUGUGUUUGAGCAGCCCCACCCUGCCGGGCCGAAGAAAAUUGAAUUUCACAUCUCGGUUCCAGAGGUAUCGUCUGUAGUGGAAGGAAGGGGGCCAGGUCAAGAGACGCAGUCUGUCGAAGGCAGAGGAGUGGAUGAGAGGGAGGUCGGUCCCUCUCUCAGUGAUGAGAGGGAGGUCGCUGAAGGUUUUGGGAAGCUCUACCCCAGUGCCCAGGAGUCCCAACAGCAAGAGGAGCACAGCGAUGACGAGCAGGAUCUCACCUCAGACGUCAUCUCCAGAAAGGAGCUGGAGAAAGGACGGCUGUCAAGAGAUGAGAUGAAAAGGAUGUCUGUGUUUAAAAAUUAUGAACCGGGUGAGCCAACCUGCAGACUGUACGUGAAGAAUAUUGCCAAGCAAGUGGAAGAGAAAGAUCUGAAGUACAUCUACGGGAGAUACAUCAACCCUUUGUCAGAAGCCGAGAGAAACAUGUUUGACGUUGUGUUAAUGAAGGAGGGAAGGAUGAAAGGGCAGGCCUUCGUAGGACUCCCCAGUGAGCGGUGUGCCGAGAAGGCGCUGCGGGAAACCAAUGGCUACGUUCUCUAUGACAAACCCCUCGUCGUCCAGUUUGCCAGAUCUGCAAGACCAAAACAGGACAACACUGAUACCAAGAGAGGUCCCAGACAGCGAUAAACUCAACAGAUACCAAGGCUUGAUAUUGUGGCCCAGCAGAACCAUUUGUAUCCUUGGUCUGGCAUAUCCUUUGGGGAAAAAAACAAAAGAAAAUGGGGGCAUUUUAUUUGUAGUUAUCGUGGCACAAUUGGAACUUAAAACUACAACUGGAUCAGUAUUGUAGUUUAAAUUUAAACGAACUGAGUGCCAUGCAUUGUUUCUGAGGCUUAUUGUAUUGUGUUGUUAUUAUUAUUAUUAUUGUGUUAUUGUUUGUCUAGUGUAGGCUCUGUAAACCUGUGCUCUCUUGGAGUCUCUUAAACUUCUUUUUACAAUAUU